AUGCAGCAUGAUCAGGCUAAGCAUUCCUCUUUACAGAUUGGUUUAAGUGACACAGGUGGCAGUAAUAAAGAUGGUUUAGAAGUCAGACCCCUGGCAGAUGCAAAGGAAAUGUUGACUUCUAAAGGAACAGAUGCUGUAUUCGGUCACAAAUCUACUGUUGAGACUAAACCAAAUAUGGGAUGGCAAGCUUCCCACAGUAAUUUGGCAGCACUACACGACAAGGAACAGAAAUAUGAAAUGGAACACCAUCAUGCUCGUCAUAAACUGCAUCGUCAAAUUAUUCCCGACUAUACAUCAGCUUCGACUGCUAUGUUCAGUGACUGCAUGUUUAACACAGCCCCAGAUAAAGUACGAUGUCUCAGUACGAUGAAAUCGUCUGGACUCUCGCCAAAACACCCUUUUAACGUAGUUGCGACGUUUAAAGGACCCUUCCCGCAGCAUGAUAUUGAAUCGAAGCCUCUCGAUAGUGGAAACUCCGCCAAAGACCAUUUCCCCCCAUCGUUCAAGGCCUUGCAAGUGCAGCAGCACCCAGCCCAUCAUCAUUAUAAGAACAACGACAAAGGCGGUCUCAAGUCACCUUCUCGAUCGUUUGUAAAAGAUAAGAAAAGAUUGGUUCACCGGUUUUUGAAGUCGAUGGAACCCUCUUCAUCUGCACAGUCCAAAGAGUCUUCUACGUUAGCACCACCUUUCAAUCCGAUAUUGCCCAAUAGCAUGCUCAAGUCUUCUAAACGGGUUUCUAGACCGCAUUCACAUGUAUCAGAUGGUAACUCCAGUUCGCAGGCAGACUUAUCGUUACAGAGCCUACUUUAUCAUGACCUUGAAUCGUCUCCAAAUAAAGAAGUGUCACGUUUUUCUUUCUCCAAGGAUUCAAGUGCGUCUGUAGUUUCCGAAUCUACUUCUGCUGUUGAUGAUUCCAAUGAGCUUCCUUCAAAAGAUUUAUCAGAUAAGUCAUUUUCGAUGUCAUCUUCAUCUUCAUUGCCUUCUUCAUCUUCGUCUUCAUCCUCAACAUCAUUUUCACAAUCGUUGGCUGUUGACCCGCUUGAACCUCCUGGAAAUAUCAGAUAUAGUAGUUCGAAUCUUUCGUUGAACUCUGAUGAACUAGACUAUUAUCAGCACCAUAUUGGAUUGCAACUGCAGCAGACAGAAACCUUAUUGAAGCACAACUUGAAGGAUGGGGUUCUGAAAGAUGAGAAUGACCUGGCUAAAAACAUCACUAACUUCGACAAAAUUGUUAAGGAUCUCAGAGACUUGAGGUUCAGGACCAUAGAGUGGAAAGAGCUUGUUGAAGAAGACUACCUAAUGAAUUUGAAACAGGAUUUUGACAAGAAAAAUCCUGAAUCAUUCGAGUCACGUUUGACCGAUACAAUAGAUACGAAUGUGGCUAAGUUACAAGAUCUGGAGCAAAGAAUGGCUUUUUGCAAGGAGAGAUUGGCCUCCAGAAAGGAAGCAAUGAGGAAAAUGGAAAGUUUAUUGUCUUUGGAAAAUUCUUUGAUGAUUUCUAAGAAGAACGUAAGAUUUAUGUCUAAAUACCGCAACGAGGCACUUGAUGUUCUUUUUUUAUUCAUCAUUAUCAUCUUCAUAUACUAUAUCGGCAAACAUGUAAUAUAG